UUUGGGUUCGUGGCGCACGCAGCUUAGCUCCUCUGUGACGUUUGGAUUUUCCCUGUAAGACUUUAUGAAUGCUCUUUUACUCACUGGAGUGAUCCUUUUGCUUACAGCCAUUAAAGAUGGCAGGCCUAAAGGUGAUUCUUUUCUUCCUGGCUGAACUUGUCAUGGCUUCUGCGUAUAUGAAUUAUUCAAACCAGUGUGAAAGCAUUUCGAAUGACACUAUCAAGGUGAUACAGGGAGAGGCACUGCGUCUGCACUGCCCCAAUUUCGACUGUGCUAAUGUGAAGAACAAUUCAAAGAUAUUUUGGUUCAAAAAAGAAAAUGCUAAAAUCCAGCCAAUCAUGAUGAAGGAAAAUGAACGGGUCCAUUAUCAUGGUGGUAUACUAUACUUCCUGCCAUUAAAUCUGAAUGACACAGGCCUUUACAUCACACAAUGGUGGUAUGAUGUAGCUCAGUGUGAUGAGUUUGUAACUGAAGUUGUUGUUUAUGAAAAGUUUCACCCAAAUCAACUGUACCCAAUUUUAUCAGAACAAAUACACAUUCUGCCUUAUGAAUGUCCAGUGUGGCAAAACACAGGAGAAAACAUCACCUGGUACAAGGAUUUCCGUCUGAUACCUGAAAAGACUGAUGUCAUAAUUCAAAUAUACCUCCUCUCAAAAGAUGCUAAUGGAAUCUACACCUGUGUGUGCACAUGGGAACAUCACGGUCAGGUUUACAACUCUAGUGGAUCCCGCUAUAUUCAGCGAAAAAAAGAGAUUGAAGUACCUUUUCGUCCAACCUUUCAAUAUCCCAUCAACAACUCUGUUGACUUUGUGGACCUGGGAUCAGAUGUGAAGUUAGACUGCCGGGUGUUCCUUGGUAUAAACAUAAGGGAAUCAAAAGGUGUUUACUGGAUGAGGAACAACAGCAGACUGGACUGUUCCAACAGAAUGGACAAUCUGUCAGUUCGGUCAACUUUGACGAUUACCCAAGUUUCAAUGAAGGACCUAGAGAAUGAAUAUUGCUGCGUAGCCAUAAGCCAUUAUCAAUGGGCAUUAGUAUGUAUCACCCUCAGGCCUAGAGAAUCGCUGCUUCCAGUGGCUGCAGUGUUUUCCGGCAUGUUCCUGUUCAUCCUUCUGGCUGUUGGCAUGGUGAAGUGGGUCACUGUAGAUCUGGUCUUGAUUAUCAGAAGUUUCAGAAUAAUGCAGUUCAAAAGAAAUGAUGGCAAAUUAUAUGAUGCAUACGUGAUCUACCAGAAGGAUAACCCAGAUGAGAAAACAGGAAGGAAAGCUGCUUAUUUUGUCAAUGAAGUUUUGCCAGCGGUACUUGAAAACUCCUGCGGCUUUAAACUCUAUAUUCAGGGCAGAGACGACCUACCCGGUGAAGACUGCACUGAGCUUAUCGAGAGAAAAAUGCGGCAAAGCCGCAGGCUGAUAGCUGUGCUACCACCAGGAUUCAAUCAUCAUGGGUUCACAACCUCACUUUGUUAUGACUGGCAUGUGGGGCUGCAUCAUGUGCUGGUCGAACAAGACAUGGGCGUGAUUCUGAUUCAACUGGAAGAUAUGAAGGAGUAUUCCCAUCUGCCCCUGGGGCUGCAGCAUCUCCUCCAAAAGACCUCACCCUUCAGGUGGGAUGAGAGCAGUGGCAAAGCAACCUGCCCGACCUCCUGUUUCUGGAAGCAGGUACGCUAUAAGAUGCCUGUUCCUCCAGACUCUAGCUCUUGUGGCGUUGACUUUUAAAUAUAAAAACCACUUUUAAGUAUAUUGUAACCACCUUUAUCAGAAUUACUUAAAUCAAUCAGCCAAAACAUUAAAACCAAUGACAGGGGAAGUGAAUAAUUGAUUAUCUUGUACAAUGGCACCUAUUAAUGGGUUAUAUUAAGCAGCAAUUGAACAGAUCUUAAAGUUAGAAACCAGUACAAAGGGUCUGAGUGACUUUUGCGAAGAAAAUAAAUUGUGAUUACUAGAUGGCUGGGUCAGGGUCAUUGACCUUUUAGAGUCAUUGGCUUCAAAGGCUCACUGAUGCAUAUGUGGAGCAAAUGCUGAAACAAUUAAUGCUGGCUCUGGUAGAAACUUGACAGAAUGUAGUGCAACACAGCUUCUUUGAGUAUGGGUCUAUGUACUGUAGCUACAGUCCAAUCAGAAUAUCAUACACAGAUGCUUUGGACAUGGUAUUGCUAGGAAACCUUGGGUCCUGGUAUUAAUGUGGAUGUACUUUGAUACAUACCACUAACCUAAACAUCAAGUUAACACCACUUCAUUGCAAUGGCUUUCCCUAAUGACACUGGCCUCUCACUGCAGGAUAAUUCUCCCUGCCAAAAUGCAAACAUUGUUCAAGAAUGAUGUAAAGACCAAACCACAGAGCUUGAGGUGAUCAAGCAUCUGUGAGAUAUGCUGAACAUACAAUUUUGGUUUAAUAACAAUAAAGCCUGUAUAUGUGUGUGUGUGUGUG